AUGCCGUCGUUCAAGACGGCAAGCUGUAAGAAGUAUUUGGAGCUCCUCCACUACUACUGGCGCCACGCGAACUUCCUACUAGAAUUCUAUGUUGAACACCCGUUUCUUAAGUUCUUCAGGAAGCGAAUGGCUCGCGUUGCGGUGGAUGCAAUGGCCAAACGCAUCGUUCCAGUGGUAAGCACGAAGAUAUGUGUGGUGUACGGAGACUGGAGUAAGCGCAAUGCUAUCAGAGGUCAUGCAUACAGUCCAGUGAAGGGGUUGAAGCAGGCGCUUCAGAAGCGUACGAUGGUGGUCUCCAUGGACGAGUUCAGGACGAGCAAGCUCUGCUCGUAG